UCCUCCCCCAAUAAAAAGAACCCAUUCGCCCUUUUCUCUUCCAAUCUUCUCUUUCUUUCUUUCUUUUCUUUCUUUCUUUCCGUCUCUUGUUUGAUCAGUUACUUUUUUGGGUUUCUAUUGCCAUUACUGUAAGAGAUUCGAGCUCCAUCUUCAGAAGAAAAGGAUAAAAGAGAGGGACAAAGCUUAUUAAUAUACGAAUACACAGAGGAGACACACACCACAGCAGUAGUGAAAGUAGGAGGGAGAAAAAAAUGAUGGGCUUUUGUUUGGAAUUUUUUAUGGUUUUAUCUGUUCUGGUUUUGGUUUCUGCAACAAAUUCUAAGUUUCAGACUCUACCCAUAUUGUCUUUCGAUGAAGGGUAUUCUCAUUUGUUUGGAGAUAAUAAUCUCAUGAUCUUAAAAGAUGGAAAAACUGUUCAUCUCUCUCUAAACGAAAGAUCAGGUUCUGGGUUUGUCUCUCAGGACCUUUACUUACAUGGGUUCUUCAGUGCUUCAAUAAAGCUACCAGCCGAUUACACAGCCGGCGUUGUCGUCGCGUUUUAUAUGUCAAAUGGAGAUAUGUUUGAGAAAAUCCAUGAUGAAUUGGAUUUUGAGUUUCUGGGUAAUAUUAGAGGCAAAGAAUGGAGGAUUCAGACAAAUGUUUAUGGCAAUGGAAGCACUAGCACAGGAAGGGAAGAGAGAUACGGUCUCUGGUUUGAUCCUUCUGAAGAUUUUCAUCAGUACAGCAUUCUCUGGACUGAUAAUCUCAUUAUAUUUUAUGUUGACGAUGUUCCGAUAAGAGAGAUUAAGAGGACUGAAGCGAUGGGUGGGGACUUCCCCUCCAAGCCAAUGUCCUUAUACGCCACUAUAUGGGAUGGUUCUACUUGGGCUACAAAUGGAGGAAAAUACAAAGUAAAUUACAAAUAUGCCCCUUACAUUGCUGAAUUUUCCGACCUGGUCCUCCACGGGUGCUCCGUCGACCCGAUUGAAUUGUCAUCGAAGAAGUGCGACGCCGGUAAUACUCUCACCGCCCUCAAUAUCCAAACCGGCAUCAAAUCCAAGCAAAGAUCCAAAAUGGUUCAAUUCAGGAAGAAUUAUUUGCAAUACUCAUACUGCUAUGACCGGGUCCGAUACCCAACUCCUCUGUCAGAGUGUGUUAUCGACCCGAGUGAGGCGGAGCGGCUCCGUGGGUUUGACCCGGUUACAUUUGGUGGAGGCCGGCAUCACCAUGGGAAGCGGCGGCACCACCACCGGAGCAGAGCAAGCAAGGCUGAGAGCACCAUCUCCCUCUAGAAGCCUUGACUUUUGGUUCAUGAGGGGCCCUGUUUUUCCUUGCUCAUGUCAUUAUGUCAUUUUCAUUUCGUUGGGUCAGUUUAUGUGAAUAGAGGGGGAACUUUAUUGAGGUUGGUCAGGUCAUAUAGAUUUCAUGUGGGUAUAUAUAUUAUUCAUCUUCAUAGCUUAUUCUCUAGUAUAUGUUUGGAUUGAUGUGUCUUCCCUUUAUAAAUGGUAAUUCAUGAUUUUUGUAA